AUGGAUUUGGCAAACGUCUCGGACGAGGUAAAGUCAUACAUAAUGAGCGCGCAGCAGAAAGCGUCGCAGUGGCAUCUACCAAAUGGAGGCAGCUGGCAGAACUCGAAGGCAGCACCGGUGAAAACUGCCGCCGUAAUUGGCGGUGUGCUUGACCUGUCGUAUCCUCAGCAACUUUAUGAUAAGAGUUUGGAAGUAUGCCGUCGAGAGCUGAAAACCACCUAUGCCAGAGAAAAGAAGCUUGGUCGACUCAGUUCACUUCAGUGUGAGAAGCUCGAAAAAGGAAUUCAUCUCACGACGGACUUGAACUCAUUGAAGAACUGUGACCUUGUGAUUGAGGCAGUAUUUGAAAAAAUGAAGCUGAAAACUGAACUGUUUACAAAACUCAGUCAGAUUUGCAAGCCAACGACAAUCUUUGCCACGAACACUUCGAGUUUGAAUAUUGAUGAGAUGAGCACAGCGCUGCAAAAACCCGAGCGUCUUGUCGGAAUGCACUUCUUCAAUCCGGCUCAUAUAAUUAGAAUGGUGGAAGUGGUAUUCGGUAAGCACACCUCGGCGGAGGCUGUUGCGACGGCAUUCUCUGUUUGCUCUCAGAUGAAAAAGCUGCCUGUACUUGUUGGCAACUGCCCG